AGUAUAUUUUUAAUGAAAUAUUUUGUUUAUUUCUUAUUCUAAUUUUUAAAUAAGUAUCAGUUAUGAUUUUAAUCAAAAGUCUCUUGAAAUACGCUUAGUUAAAAUUAUGAAUCUACACACGUUUUCUUUUCGCAGUGUAACAUAUUAUUUUGUGCAGAAUUAUUAUUACGUUUAAGUACAAAACCCGAUUAUUUGAAACAAUGACACCAAAGGAAAAGCAGUGUACCAUCUGCAUGAAGUGUUUUUCAAGAACAAGUUCAUUAACUAUACAUAAGCGAAUUCAUUCUGGAAUAAAGCCUUAUGAAUGCAAAUACUGUAAAAAAAGAUUUAACAGUAAAAGUAAUUUAACUGUUCAUCUAAAAGUCCAUGAAAAGGUGAAACCUUUUUCUUGUUCUGAGUGUGGCCAAACAUUUACUCGAAAAUUUUCAUUAAAUGAACAUGAAACAAGACAUACUAAAGUAAAGAAGUUUCAAUGCACAUUUUGUGGUGUAUCAUUUUUCAGAAAAUCUCACCUUAAUUCCCACAUAAAGACUCAUUAUAAUCUGAAGCCUUAUAUCUGUGAACACUGUGGCACAAAUUUUACUCAGAAAAGUUCUUUGAAAGAUCAUUUGAGAACACAUACAGGUGAAAAACCAUAUGCAUGCGAAAUUUGUUUGAAGUCUUUUACAAAAAAUAGUAUUUUAAAAGAUCAUAUAAAGAUACACAGUAAUGAAAGAAAAUAUGAAUGUAGACACUGUUUAAAAUCAUUUAAACAGUCUAGUUCCUUAAAUCAACAUGUAAAAAUUCACACUGGAGAGAAAAGUGAUUGUGAGUUCUGUAAUAAAUCAUUUCACUAUAUAAAAUCAUUGAAAAUGCAUUUACAAAAGGAACAUUUGAAAUAGGAUUCUUUAGGUUGUAUUAUUUAUCAAUAAACUUUAUCUCACUUUG